GAACCUACGCAUUGCAAAUAAUCUUAUUAUUCUUUGGUGUCACGUUGCAUUCUUUCUUAAUUUGCAUCAAUGGAAGCUGGAAAAAUCCUCUCAUGUCCUCGGUGCAGCAAAAGGGUAGCAGUGAAAACACAGGCUCCAACAGUUUACAGCUCGUGUACGUGUCCGGUUUUAAUUCCAGACAAUAAUUCUGAUCAUUAUAGUCAGCUGAAGCUAGUCCAACCACAGCACCAACAACCUCAACACGGAAUCGGACAUUUGGUGGUCCAUUUGACAAACAAGUUGCAGGGAAUGGGAAAGACGAGCCGAAGAGGUGAUCAUUCCGCUGUUUCCUUCAAUUAUCCUGUGGAGUUUCCUCCUUCGAGACGACCAACAAAGCGUGCUAUGCUCUGUGGGGUGAGUUAUAAGAGCAGGAAGUUUGAGCUUAAGGGAACGGUUAAUGAUGUGAAGAACAUGAGGGAGUUGUUGAUGAAUAAAUUUGGUUACCCCAAGGAGUACAUCCGUGUGCUCACGGAGGAAGAGCCGCGCCAGGAAUUUAUUCCAACAAAAGAAAACAUGCUGAGCUCCCUGAAAUGGUUGGUGGAGGACAGCCAUCCAGGAGAUUCCCUGGUCUUUUUCUACUCAGGACAUGGCUUACGGAAACGCGAUUUUGACGAAGAUGAACUGGAUGGGUUUGACGAAACUAUAUGUCCAUCUGAUUUUUCGAACACAGGCAUGAUUGUGGAUAAUGAUCUUAAUUCAAUCUUAGUUUGUCCACUCAAAAAUGGUGUGAAACUCCAUGCCAUUGUUGAUUCUUGUCAUAGUGGAACUAUUCUAGACCUCCCAUGUGUGUAUGAUAGAAAGGAGAAAAGGUGGAAUAAUAACAGGCCUCCUUCAGGUAAUUACAAAAGUACAGCUGGUGGAUUGGCUAUCUCCAUUGGUGCUUGUACGGAUGAGCAAAAUGCGGCAGAUAGCUCAACUUUUACUGGAAAAAUGGAUGGUGUUUUGACAUACCUGUUGGUAGAUCUCUUAAAGAAAUUUCCUGGUCCGACAUAUGGAGACCUGUUGGAUUUAAUGGAAGAGACCAUGGACCAAGUUAACAGAGGAGGCAAUCUCUUGAAGAAAUUGUUCAGUAGCAAAUUAUCACAGACACCACUACUUUCAUCCUCCGAAGAGUUCAAUCCUUACAAAACACACAUAGCAUUGUAACAAAGCUAGCAGGAGAAUAUCUUCACAAUAAAGUUGCCUUAUAUGACGUAUUUAAGUCUACCCUGCUUUCUGAACAGGGAAUUGAGAAAAGAGAGUUGCUUUCCACCAUUUUGAUACUCUCUUUAUCAAAUUCCAGGGCAAAAGUUAGAAAUAAUAGUCGUGGGUAGAUUGGAUCUGUGGGAGCUGAACAAACAAACACAAUACAUAUAGAAUGCUUUGUGAAGGUAUUUUAAACUCAACAGACCAUCUAUCAUGUCCAUGGGCAGUUUGUCUUCCUCAGAUCCAUUUGACAUCCACUCAAGGAAAUAUGUUCUAUAAACAGAAACUAAUACU